AUGUGGGACAAAUUAAUAUACGGUUUCAUCAUUAUUAUAACCGCUUAUAUCUUCAAACAAUUAUUGUCCGAGCAGCCAAAUUUUAUUAAAUUUAAGUCAAAAUUUUUACUUUUCUAUAUCUGGACUUCAUUAACGGCUAUAAUACUACUACCGUUCUUUGUAUUCAAUCCGAAAAACGUAAAGAACUCUUUGUUUGCCUCUCAGAUAGUAAAACAUGUAACAAAGGUGAUAGAAGUGAAAUGGUCCUUGAGGAAUGGUAAAUACUUAGCUGAAGAUCGUGGAGCGGUCGUUGUAUCUAAUCAUCAGUCCUCUAUUGAUGUCCUUGGCAUGUUUAACAUCUGGCAUGUGGCAAACAAAGUUGCAGCUAUAGCAAGGAAGGAAAUAUUUUAUGUAUGGCCAUUUGGUUUGGCUGCUUAUCUAGCUGGAGUGGUGUUCAUUGACAGGAAUAACUCUAAAGAUGCAUACAGGCAGCUAAAAGCUACUUCAGAAAUAAUGAUUAAAAAUAAGACAAAAAUCUGGGUGUUCCCGGAAGGAACAAGAAACAAAGAUUUCACUAAAUUGCUGCCAUUCAAGAAAGGAGCAUUCAAUAUAGCUGUAGCUGCUCAAGUUCCAAUCAUACCUGUUGUGUUUUCACCAUACUACUUCAUCAACAGAAAGAAAUGCAUCUUCAACAAGGGACAUGCCAUAAUCCAGUGUUUGGAACCAAUACCAACAACCGGACUGACAAUGGAAGACGUUCCCGAACUCAUAAUACGCGUGCGGAAUAUUAUGGAUAUGGUGUACAAGGAGUUAUCUAAGGAGGUGUUAAGCGCCCUACCAGCUAACUAUCCCCUGUGCACCACCGAUUGAACUCACGCGCGAACGGUGCGUUAAACAAGCAAUAUGGAUCUCGUGCUCUAUGGUAUUCUUACUGUGAGUUCCUGCAGGGUACAGACUAUUUACAUUUCCAGUUCGUUAAUAAUAGGAAAAAUCCGAGUAUUGACCUAUCGUUUAGUCUGCAGUCUGCGGGUGCUCAGAGCGAAUUGGACCUUCUAAGAUCGACGUCUAGUGUUCGAGAUAUGUGCCAUGUAAUCGCAUAUAAUGUCAUUCCAUAUUACAUCCUUAUGGAAAACGAAGUAGUGGUCGGAUGAACAGAAAAUGAAGUUUACAUGACCAAAGAUUUUUUUAAGCUAAUUUAUAUUUUAUAAAUACUUAUACUACAACUUUUAUAUGCAGUUUAUUACUCUACAGUCAUUCGUUUUAAGAACAUUGCCAUAAUGAAAUAGUGCCAAGAGCAUGUCAAGCUUGAGACUUUGCUACUUUGAACCGUUCUUAUCGCAAGCGGCAUAGAGUUGGAUUUAAAUCUCAGGCUGCUAACAGAUGGACUGUAUGUCUGUAGUUAACGCGUGCAGUCGAGGCUUCAACUGCUUACACUCGAAAUUUCAACUGCUUACUGUCGAAAUUUCAACUGCUUGCGUCGGCUGCAGUCGACGUGAACGAUGGUUCAAGAAUCAAAAACAACAAUUGACAUUCUUAAGACAAUGUAUGAUUAGUUUUGUGGUGUGUGAAAUAAUAGUGAGGGUUUGAUCAAAACAAUAGUUAAACAAAAACAGGAUUGUUGAAAUUUUUCUCGAAGAAUUUAUUUCACAGGAGAUAGCAGAGCUGUAUUUAUUUUAAAUUUCUUAUCAAGAGUGUUAAUUUGAAUGCAUUACUUUAAGAAUAGGUAAAAGCCAGUGUGUGAAUAUGAAGGCAAUAUGAUGUGAAACCAGCCUGCGGAGUUGCAUUUCAGUAAUUUUGUGCUUUAAGAUACGAGUUUGAGAAAGUAAGGCGACAUUUUGCCACAUUUUUUUUAUCAGCAUCUUUGUUUACACUUUUGAUCCCAAAUUCCAUCGCAGAUAUACAGUCGAGAAUUAUGAACGUGAAUUUGUUUACAAAAUGAAAUUUCCAUUUCUUUCUUUCGACAGUUAUAUGUUUAUUUCCUUAGUAAAAAGUGAAAUCAGCAUUUGAAAUCAUAAAUGAUCUAAACACAGUGAUUAGCCGUAUCGGUCCUUCCAAUUC